AUGGAAAUCCUCAAUCCGUCAAAGGCUACAGGCCUGCUGGCCUACAGCUGCGGUGCUGUGGUUGUGCUCUACGAUAGCCAACACAAGCAGCAAACAGCCUUCUUUAGCCCAAAACCGCGUCGCAGCCUCGUGACUGGCAAGCCGUAUGCCUGCUUGGCCUUCUCCCGUGACGGAGCCUACCUGGCCGCUGGCGAGCGCAGCCCGCAAAGUCCCGAAAUCCUUGUGUGGGAGGUCAGUUCCAGCCGUUGCCUACAGACACUGAAGGGCCACAAGCACGGCAUUGGGAGCAUCGCCUUCAGCCAGGAUGGUCGUCUGCUGGUGUCGACGGGCGAGUCUUACGAUGGCCAGUUGUGUGUGUGGGACUGGCAGGCCGGUGUGCUCCUGGCGCGACAGCACACGCAGGCGGAGGUGUGGUCGCUAACCCUGCCCUCAGGCCGCGGGCGCGACGGCCCAUUGACGGCAGGCCAGGCGUCCCUGACACCCCGCCCCGCCAGCCUCAAGGAGUACCGCACCAGCAACUUCGUGAGUGUCGCGGCGGCGCCAGCCGACGGCUCAUCCUCGCAAGCGCUUCUAUACGCCCUAACGCAAAACGGCGUGCUGCUGACGCUGCGGUCAUCGACGCGCACGAUCGACAAGUCGCUCAGCCUGCAG